UGAGGUUGAAGGAGUACAAGAACUAUGAGAGCCUCUCCAGAUCACAUGAGUUGUUGGAUUCGGAGUGCAAACAAGUGGACAGAGGAAGCACAUUCUAUGAUUUCCGCUUCAACACAAGACUUGUCAAGUCAACAAUAGUUCACUUUCAGGUAUAUAUUCUUUCCAAUUAAAUUGGUUCCCAGCAUUUGUAAUAGAAUCAUGGUAACGGCAAGUGGCCCUGCGGGCUGUUCUGUCCACUCAUACGUUUUCAAAUUUACGAUUGACCGAUUGUUACUCGUAUGCCAGCAGAAUGCUUAACAGUUUAUUAAAAAUCUGUGCAUCUGCAUCAAACUUCGAGAGGAAUGUGUUAUUAUCAUUCAAGUCCUGCUGCUCACAAGUUGUUGUUUUACCCUUAUUUUUUCAUAAUGCAUUGCAUUUUGGUGUACCAAGUAUUACACUGCAACUGCAACAAAGUGUGUGUGUGUGUGUGUGUGUGUGUGUGUGUGGUGGUGGUGGUGGUUCGGGGACAGAGUAAGGAGGAUAAACACGAGGAUACAGAAACAAUGACCGAAUUCCUGGAAUGUUCAUGCUAAAAGUUGGUGCAUUCAUACCCUUACUCUGUUUUGUAGAUACUACAAGAUUUUUAAAGCUUUGACUGGUUUCCAAUUCAGUAGGUGAAGUUUCUAAUUUUUAAUUAUGCUUUUCCUUCAGUGUAACUGUAAUAUCAUAUCGAUGACUGCAGGUUGUCUGAUAAGUUUAGUUAGAUAUGCUAGCUGGAGCUGUAGUAUAUUUCUACAAUUAACACUCCUGUGAUAUAGGACAGCAUGGCAACACUAUCCUUCCACCAGGUUCCAUAAGCAGAUGGAUGAGCAUCCACAACGGUCGGCGCUGUUAUUACGUCUAUGGAGUAUGGUAUGCUGAGGGACCUCAUUUGGGCCACAUCCAAGCAUGAUGUCUACACGACACAGAAUUAUUCAGUUAUGCACUGGUCUUCUCUUCUUCAAAGAGGGAAAGAAGUGCUCAAUGUGGCAAAUCGAGUACUUCCAAAGAAGAUGGUUCGUGGGGCUCAGCCACUGUUCAGAAUGCAGAUGAGCACAAUGGCCAUAAAAGAUAAUCUUUUGGUAGCUGGUGGUUUCCGUGGCGAACUGAUUUGCAAGUAUGUUGAUCAACCUGGAGUGGCUUUCUGUACAAAUCUUGCUGAGGAUAAGGAUAGCAUCACAAAUGCUGUAGAUGUGUACGAGUCUCCAAAUGGCUCUACACGAGUGAUGGCCACCAACAAUGACUGUGCUGUCAGAGUUUUUGAUACCGAAAGGUUCAAGCUACUUAGCCACUUGAAAUUCCCAUGGUCGGUCAAUGAUACUUCUGCGAGUCCUGAUGGCAAACUAGUUGCUGUUCUUGGCGAUAGCUCUGAGUGUUUGGUAGCUGAUGCUCAGUCUGGCAAGGAAAUCGCAAGCCUCAAUGGGCACCUAGACUACUCGUUCUCAUCCGCCUGGCACCCUGACGGCCGCGUCCUUGCCACCGGGAACCAGGACACCACCUGCAGACUGUGGGACGUGCGCAACCUCUCGCGGUCUUUCACGGUGCUCAAGGGGAGAAUCGGCGCGGUGAGGGGCCUCAAGUUCUCGUCGGACGGCCGGUUCCUGGCGAUGUCGGAGGCGGCGGACUUCGUCCACGUGUACGACUCGCAGGCUGAUUACUCGAAAGAGCAGGAGAUCGACAUCUUUGGAGAGAUCGCAGGCAUGUCAUUCAGCCCGGACGCGGAGGCCCUGUUUGUCGGGGUCGCUGACCGGACGUAUGGCAGCCUGAUCGAGUUCACCAGGAGGCAUCGGUACGACUACUUCGACUCCUAUCUAUGAAGCUGCAAGAAGCGUCUGUGGUGUCAGUGUGUACAUAUAGUGGCGUGUCGCGUGUUUGUACAUGAACAUACGGGGAUUUGCAACUGGGAGCUGGCACCGCGAAAUGUGCCUGAGCUAGAUGGUCUGUAUGCUCGCUAAGUUUGCCAAAGGCAGAUUAUAUAAAUUAUGAUCGCUAUUUUGGACGCCUAAUGGUGAACGCUAAUACGCUAUGCAAUAUGUUUUCCCGUCUCGCUA